CUAGCCCGGCGUGCCCGCUCCGUCAGGCGGUCAUGGGGCGGCCACCAAGAGCCGCGGGCGCGGUGGGACGUAGGGCGCGGGGACCCGGCUAGCCGGCCGCGGUACGAAGUCCUCCGGCGGGCAGCCGAUACGGAAGCAGCCGGUGCCGGGCGGCGGCGGGGCAGCGGCAGCCGCCUGGGAUGUUCAGUCAUGAAACGAGUGCGCACGGAGCAGGUUCAGGUGGCAGUGUCCUGCUACCUCAAACGUCGGCAGUACGUGGACUCAGAAGGCCCCUUGAAGCAAGGCCUGAGACUAUCACAGACCCCUGAGGAGAUGGCAGCCAACCUCACAGUCCAAUCAGAAUCUGGUUGUGCCAAUGCGGUGUCUGCAGCUCCUUGCCAGGCAGAACCCCAGCAAUAUGAAGUACAGUUUGGACGACUGAGAAGCUUUCUCACUGCAGAUUCUGACUCCCAGCACAGCCAUGAAGUUAUGCCUCUCCUCUACCCCCUCUUUGUCUACCUCCACCUCAACCUGGUCCAGAGUGGCCCCAAGAGCACAGUGGAAAGCUUCUAUAGCCGCUUCCAUGGAAUGUUCCUACAGAAUGCAAGUCAGAAGGACAUCAUUGAGCAGCUGCAAACCACACAGACCAUCCAGGACAUUCUGUCAAACUUCCAGCUUCGUGCAUUCCUGGACAACAAGUACGUGGUCCGUCUCCAGGAAGAUAGCUACAACUACCUUAUCCGCUACCUCCAAAGCGAUAACAACACUGCCCUGUGCAAGGUGCUUGCCGUGCACAUUCACCUGGACGUUCAGCCUGCCAAGAGGACAGACUAUCAGCUCUAUGCCAGUGGUGGCUCCUCCCGAAGUGAGAGCAGCGGCUUGGAGCCACCAGAUGUGCCCAAUCCAAUUCUGCAGAAUGAGGCUGCCCUGGAAGUCUUGCAGGAGAGUAUCAAGCGGGUCAAGGAUGGACCUCCCUCCCUCACCACCAUCUGCUUCUAUGCCUUCUAUAACACAGAGCAGCUGCUGAAUACUGCAGAGAUCUCCUCUGAUAGCAAACUUCUGGCUGCUGGCUUUGACAACUCCUGCAUAAAGCUCUGGAGCUUGCGCUCCAAAAAGCUGAAAUCAGAGCCCCACCAUGUGGACACAUCUCGUAUCCGUCUAGCUUGUGACACUCUGGAGGAGGAGGAGAAUGAGGAAGAUAAUGCAGGCACAGAAAUGAAGAUCCUUCGGGGACACUGUGGCCCAGUAUACAGCACUCGGUUCCUUGCAGACAGCUCAGGGCUGCUCUCUUGUUCUGAAGAUAUGUCCAUCAGGUACUGGGACCUGGGGAGCUUCACCAACACUGUGCUGUAUCAGGGACAUGCCUACCCUGUGUGGGACGUGGACAUCAGCCCCUACAGCCUGUAUUUUGCCAGUGGGUCCCAUGACCGUACCGCCAGGCUGUGGUCUUUUGAUCGGACGUACCCGCUGAGGAUAUAUGCAGGACACCUGGCUGAUGUGGACUGUGUCAAAUUCCACCCCAACUCAAACUACUUGGCUACAGGUUCCACUGAUAAAACUGUCCGGCUCUGGAGUGCCCAACAGGGGAACUCAGUGCGGCUCUUCACAGGUCACCGAGGUCCCGUGCUUUCCCUUGCCUUUUCUCCCAACGGUAAGUACUUGGCAUCUGCUGGUGAGGACCAGCGGUUAAAGCUGUGGGACUUGGCCUCUGGGACGCUUUUUAAAGAACUGAGAGGCCACACAGACAGUAUCACCAGUCUGGCCUUUAGCCCAGACAGCGGUCUGGUUGCCUCUGCCUCCAUGGACAACUCUGUGCGUGUCUGGGACAUCAGAAGCACGUGCUGUAACACACCUGCUGAUGGCUCUUCGGGUGAGCUCGUGGGCGUGUACACUGGACAGAUGAGCAACGUCCUGAGUGUACAGUUCAUGGCCUGCAACCUCCUCCUGGUGACUGGAAUCACACAAGAAAAUCAAGAACAUUAAGUUUUUAUUCAGGUGGCAGACUGGGUGGGGCUGGAAGACUGGUCGUAGUCCAGGACUUGCUAAAACUGAAUCAGUGAUUGCAAAAGAGCCCUCCCCUACCCCACACUCACCCAACACAGCCCUGGUGCACUAGACUCCAGUUGUGAACCGGAUGCUCAGACUUGAGGCCUCCUGGCUCUAUGCAGGCACCUUGCUUUUGCAUCUGUCUCUCCCCAGUAGGGUUACUGGACAGUUGCAGAACUCCCCUGCAGCAGCUGUAGACAGUGUCUCCUGUGGCUACCCCUCGAGGGAAGUGGGGACAGGAACUAGGAAAAGAAGGGAUGAUCUAGCAGUCUUUCUUUUCCAUAAUGAUAGAACCAGGAUUUUUAUUAUUAUUAUAAUUAAUAAUUAUUAUUGAGAAGAGGAAACCUAGCACUGGCAGAGAUGAAUCUGCUUUUAUCUGCAGGUUUGACUCCUGGCACUGGCUAUGAUACUUGGAAUUUUGAGGUUCAGGGAAUUCAGACUUUGGUAGCCCAGUGUAUCAGGAGAAGGGGCACCAUAUAAUGUGCUUCUGCAAGCAGGCAGGUCGCUUAACUGAACAGUGGGCUCUUGGAGUGAUGGUGGGGAAGAAAGAUUGUUUUAUUGGCUGCACUCUGUCAGGACUUCUCUACCUGGAAAGAAAGACUGUGGUGGGCAGAGGGUGCACCUCGGCACCUGAGCCAGUUGUCCACAGUUCCAUCCUAGCACCAUCAACAAAAUUAUGAUCAAGACUAAUUUUGAAUAAGUCACAAGAUAGACUUAAGAAAGCUGGAUUUCCAGAUGACUGUUUAUUCUGAGAGGUGGCUUUUUGGUGUCUUUUUCUCCCUCAAUGAUCUGCUUCCACCCCUCACUGCAGUACCAGUAUAGUGAACACAGGAAUGAAUCAUGAGUGCACACUCACGAGUAUCAAACCAUGCUCUAAGGACAAAGGAAGUUCUGAUGUGUGGAAAAGGAUUUAAUAUUUCUGUUUUCUGGAAAGAGUUAUUUUGUAUUUUGUUUUCUAUUAAAAUGUAUUUAGUUUCAAAAAAAAAAAAGAAGUGUGGCAUCUCAUUUAUACGCUAGUCCUGGAAGGGUGUCUCUUAUCUUUUUCAGAGUAGUGGCCAGAGCAUAGGCCAAAUCAGCCACAAAGCAGGCAUGGUGGUCUAUUCUUCUAUUCUGUUCAAUUUAGUUUUCAUCAUGUUCUUCCUGGUCUCCAGUUGAAUUAUCUACAGCAGUAAUACAUCCAAUGUUGCUGGCUGCUAGCAAGAGAUGAAUAUCUUUUUAGGAGGGUCCCACUUUAGCUUCCUUGGGAAAAAAAAUCCCAUUGUAGCUGAACAUGUUGAUACACGCCUUUUAAUCCCAACACUUGGGAGGCAGAUAAAAGUGGAUCUCUGAAAUUGAGGCCAGCCUGGUCUACAUUACAUAGUCUGUUCCAGGGUAACCAAGGGUGUACAUGGUGUGUGACACUGUUUCAAAAGAAAAAAGAGAAAAGAAAUAAAGAGAGAAAAAGAAAUCCCAUUGUAAACUAUAAGAGGUCUAAAAGCUAGAUUAAUAAUAAAUUGUUGGACUGGGCAAUGGUAGCACAUGCCUUUAAUCCCAGCAUUCAGGAGGCAGAUGUGGGAGGAUCUCUGAGUUCCAGGUCAACCUGGUCUAUAGAGCAAAUUCCAGGACAGCCAGGGCAGUUGCACAGAGAAACCCUGUUUAAAAACAAAAAUAAGUUGUCAGACAAUUCCAAGAUGAUGGGUAUGGUGGCCUAUAAUCCCAGCACUUGGGAAGAUCAGGAAUUUGAGACUAACCUGGACUACAUAAGAUCCUGUCUUUAAAACAAACAAACAACAAGCCAAGACAAAAAACAAAAACAACAACAACAAAAAAUAACAAAGAAUAAGUAGUCCUAAAGGUAAAAUAUAUUGACUUUAAUUCUUUAUCGGUAAAGUAUUAAAGGUUCAGAAUUUAGAGGUGUUUGCUUGGAGUUAAUGUAUCUUUUUAGUCUACUAAAGAAAAAAGAGUUCUGUUUAUGCCAAGAGAUGGUCUGAAUUGAAGUCCUCACCUAUGCUAGGAAAACCAUACAGAUAAGUUGAAAUGGAAGGCUUGAGUUUAUUUUCAGUUUUCAGGAAAAUGUCGUAUACUUUGAAAUAUGAUAUAGCAAGCACACCUAAAACUGUGUGCAUCAAUCCUAAAGGUACACACCUGUAAUCCCAGUAUUUGAGAGACAGAGGAAAGAGGAUCACUGUAAGAGGCCAGCUGGGUACCCAGCAAGACCUUUUCUCAAAAAAUAAAAAUCAGGGAAAAUAAAAAUAAAUAAAACCAGGAACUAUUCAAUGUUUUAAGGAUGCCAUGAUUCUGUGUUUCUUAUGUUUAUCCUCAUGUUUAUCUUGGUUGCUUAAGACGUCUACUGAAUGUAGACUAACAAUUUUGCCUUUUCUCUGAUUGGUCUUUUAAUACAUGUGGAUUAAAAGGAUGAUCUAUACUUCA